CAAAAACAACUCACGACUUCCCCUGCUGGUCACAACGAGAGGUUUCUGGUAAAGUCAUGGAGCGAGAGCUCUACCAAUCAGACAACGAGCACGUAGGUCACGUGACGAACUGUCCGCCGCCAUCAUUGUUAGUGGCAGUGAAGCCUCCGUGAAGGGAGAACCAGCAUCACUCACCAGCGGACUCUCGUUGAGAGGGAAUCUGGGUUGUAGUGAGCGCUGUUCCGGGCAGGAGCCAUGGUUCAGACGUGUUCUGCGUACGGAUGUAAGAACCGCUACCACAAAGAUAAAGACGUCUCCUUCCACAAGUUUCCUCUGGCACGUCCAGACGUUUGUGGUAAAUGGGUGGCGGCGAUGAGGAGGAACAACUUCAAGCCAACCAAGUACAGCAACAUCUGCUCACAGCACUUCACCAAAGACUGCUUUAAGAGGGAGUGCAACAACCGCGUGCUGAAGGAAAACGCUGUGCCGUCGCUCUUCACCUUCAGCCUCAGCAUCAAGUCCGAGAAUCCCUUUCCCUCAGAGAUCCACUUCCCUCUCUCUCUGCCUCUGACCUCUGACCCAGUGGUGGAGGAGCAAGUGGAGGAGGAGGAGGUGGUGGAGGAGGAGCAGCAGCAACAGCAACAGCAGCAGCCAGAGCCUGGGAGGAGCCUCCCUGACGGGCGCAGGGACACGACGGCGGUCUCCUGCGACCACAACUACACGGCGGAGGACUCGGCGCGUCAGAAGAAGCGCAUCGAGCAGCUGGAGGAGCAGCUGGAGCGUCUGAGGAAGAAGCUGAAGACGACGCAACAGAAGUGUCGGCGGCAGGAGAGGCAGCUCAAGAGGCUGAGGGCCGCCGCGUCGUGCAAGACGAUGCCCCGCGGUGGCCACGAGCCGCCGCCUGCAGCGACCGGCGAGGAAUUUGUGAUUUUACCCAAAGAAAUGUACCACACACUCAGAGGUAUGGAGGGAUGAUGAUGAAGAGGAGGAGGUGUGUUUGGACUGUUGGUGGCAGCACCGCACGACUCUGCUGCUAAAGGAUAAACAGAAACGUCUGGACUGUCCCGGUCAGCAGGUGGCAGCACUCUGUGACAAGAAGAAAACAAGAAAUGAAACAGGAA